UAGGAGCAACUUGAGCUCUGGAGUUUGGUCACAUGGAGCAUUCUCCAACGACAGAGCAAGAAACACGAGGCGCAGGCGCAGGCGCAGACACACGGGCGCAUCUUCUCUCCAGACCCUCAACUUGUUUGAAGACGUGCAUCUUGGGAGAAACAAAAAGUCGGCAAAACCUACACACAACCUGGGCCUUUGAUAUCGAAAAUGAGCCGCUACGACAGUCGCUAUUCAGAUUCCUCAUCCUACAGGGAUCGGAAAAGCGACUUUGGUGGAUAUAGCGGUGGUGGUUAUGGGGAUGGAGGCUAUGGUGGGGGAGGUUACGGAGGUGGUUCAGCAUAUGGAACGAGGGAUCUUGACAGCAUCGAGCUGCCAAGGCAGCACUUCGACAACCUGCCUGUUUUUGAGAAGAACUUUUACAUUGAGCACCCAGCGGUAGCUGCCAUGUCCGAUGCGGAGGUAGAAGAGUACCGCAGGCGGCGAAAUAUCACCGUGGAAGGGCAGAACGUACCCAAGCCAGUGCGCACGUUCGAGGAGGCUUCGUUUCCUGAGUACGUCCAGGAUGAAGUGCUGAAAGCAGGCUUCCAAGAGCCCACUGCCAUUCAGUCUCAGGGGUGGCCCAUGGCAUUGAAAGGGAAGGAUCUCAUUGGGCUUGCCGAAACGGGCUCCGGAAAGACUCUGGCGUAUUUGUUGCCAGCUAUUGUGCACAUCAAUGCUCAGCCCUAUCUCCAGCCAGGCGACGGCCCCAUUGUCCUCGUCCUGGCCCCCACUCGCGAGCUGGCGGUGCAGAUCCAACAGGAGGCCCAGAAGUUUGGCUCCAGCUCGCGCAUCAAGAACACGUGCGUCUACGGCGGCGCCCCCAAGGGCCCCCAGACGCGCGACCUCAGAGCGGGCGUGGAGAUUGUAAUCGCCACCCCGGGCCGGCUGAUCGACAUGCUCGAGUCCCGGGUCACCAACCUGAAGCGGGUGACGUACCUGGUGCUAGACGAGGCCGAUCGCAUGCUGGACAUGGGGUUCGAGCCGCAGAUCCGGAAGAUUGUGAGCCAGAUCCGGCCCGACCGGCAGACGCUCUACUGGAGCGCCACCUGGCCGAAGGAGGUGCAGGCGCUGGCAAACACGUUCCUGGGGGACUACUACAAGGUAACCAUUGGGUCCCCCGACCUGAAGGCCAACCACAUGAUCGAGCAGAUUGUGGACGUCAUCUCCGAGCACGAAAAGUAUGACAAGCUGGUGAAGCUGCUGGAGCAGCUGAUGGACGGCAGCCGCAUCCUGGUGUUCAUGGAGACCAAGCGCGGGUGCGACCAGGUCACUCGCCAGCUGCGACUGGACGGCUGGCCCGCGCUCUCGAUCCACGGGGACAAGAGCCAGUCGGAGCGCGACUGGGUGCUCGCCGAGUUCAAGUCGGGCAAGAGCCCCAUCAUGACGGCCACCGACGUCGCCGCGCGAGGGCUGGAUGUGAAGGACAUCAAGGCCGUCAUCAAUUACGACUUCCCGGGCACCAUGGAGGACUACGUGCACAGGAUCGGCCGAACGGGCCGCGCCGGCGCGAAGGGCAUAGCGCACUCGUUCUUCACCGCUGCAAACGCGAAGCACGCUCGGGAGCUGUGCAGUGUCAUCUCUGAGGCGGGGCAGACGCCCAACCCAGAGCUGCUCAGCAUGGCUUCCUCGUCGAGAGGGUUCGGUGGCGGCGGCGGCGGUUUCCGCGAUAGGGGUCGUGGAGGGGGCGGCCGUGGAGGCGGAGGAUUUGGCAGCUCGGGGGCCAAUGCUUUGCCUCUGGGAGGUGGGGGUCGAUGGUAAAGAGAAUGGAAACAAUGUCUGAAGAUUGCCAUUGUUUACGAGAAGAUAUAGAUUGCUAAGCCCUAGUCAGACAAUAAGCAGAUUGCAUCGAGUCGGAGGCGGAACUAAGAUCAAACACAACCGUUCUCAUGUCAAGACCCUUGUCUUUCAAGAUCUGUCAAUGCCAAGUCGUUUGGUGUGUUGAAUUCACUCUUGACAGAAACGGAUUUACUGUAAGGGUGUCUGAGGGAGUCGUUGAACAUGAAGCUCAAUAUUUUCCAAACGACCGUGGUCGCAUGUUCAUCGUGGCGCUUGCCAACAUUGAGGUUAGGAGAGACCCUCGCUCACCUCGCUCAUUGUAAGUUCCGGCCUGAGUAAAUAACGAUGUUUCAGACAGAAGGAAAGCUAUUCAUCAUCGUUUAGGUGCUCCUCUAAGGAAUUUGUCGAAAAGUUGUUGCGGAUUAGUAGCACCCGGCCC